AUGCCGCCCGGGACGGUGUGGACGCCGGACGAGGAUGAGGAACUUCGUAGGCUGGUGGAGGAGCUGGGCGAGAAGAAAUGGGCGCAGAUUUCGGGGAUAAUGAAGAUCAAGACUAGCAAGCAGUGCCGGAGGCGGUGGCUCAACCACCUGAAUAUGGAGAACUCGAAGAAGGGCGGGUGGUCGACGGAGGAGGACGAGCAGCUGCUGGACCUGCACGGGAAGUACGGCAACAAGUGGACGGAGAUCGCGCGGCGGAUCGGUGGCCGAACGGACAACGCGGUGAAGAACCGCUACCACGCGAUCGUCAGGAAGGACGAGAAGACCAAGUGCGGCAGCGGGGAGAUGAUGGAGGGCUCGGAGGGCUCGGCUUUGACGAGUCAAGAGCUGAACGACAUGAGCAGCCGGGACCUGUUGAAGAACUGCUCCCUGGAGAGGGUGAGGCAGGAGCUGAGCGAGCGCGCGCAGCAUGUGGAGGAUCAACGGCAGAGGGCGCUGAGCGGCCACGAGGAGGAAAUGAAGAUCAGGAAGGGACCGCCCAACCUGACAGUCAUAAUACCGCAGGAUCAGAUGUCGUGCCCACUGCCGGUGGGGCAGAUCUUUGUCCCACAGGACAUGCUCUCCCCUGUCGAGAAGAAAUGGGCCGAAGAGGUUAAUGACAUGGACGAUGUACCCGUGCACAUCAGCUUCAUCGGCGACGACAAGGGAGAAGUGCCAGAGAUCAUGGACUACACGGCCCUGCCCCAGGGCAGCUUCCUAUCCAACGGAGAUGGCAGCAGCAUCCCGCUCUGUGUUUUCCCUAGUGCUGAGUCGUUGCUCGAGACGCUGAAGACGAGUUGCACACCACGGGGGUCGAUCAAGUUCGAGCCGAUUGACCCCACAGCGCACGAGAAUGGCAGGAGCCAGGCACCCCCGCCAGCGCCGCCAAUGCCAUUGGAAGGCUGGCAGGGCCAACCUUGUCUGACGGAAGAGCACAAGAAACUCCUGACCCGACUGUUCAUGGAAGGGAAGAAGGGCAGCCUGGACCUUGGCAACAACGAAAUGCAGAUGGACCCCGUGCCUGUGUCCUGUGCAGCAGAGCCCGAGCCUGUGAGACUGGAGCAGCCGAAUGGUCACGACAUGGCUGUGGACGGCAACCCCACCACCAGCGGGCUGACACACAUAAUGCCCGAGUCGCCUUUCGUUUCCCAAGUUGAGGCCCCGCCGUUGCCCAGCCCAUCUGACAUCCCACCUUUGGGCCCCAUCUCCCCUUCGGGGGUCCAGCUCAGCCCCAUCUUCUCACAGGUAAACCUGGAGAGCCUGCUGAGCGUGAUGGGCUCGUUCACUUCUUCGGACUUGGUGGACUUCAUCAACACCAGCGGCAUCCGAAUGGUCGAUGCAUCCCAAGUCAACCUGCCGUCUCAUGAUCCGAUGGACGAAGGCUGA